CCGCCAUAUUGAAUAAAGCAAGAAAUCGCUACUGAGUUUUGUCAGACAUUUUUUCGUGGGAAAAUGGUAAAUUUGAGAUUCAUUUUGAAAUUGACUUACCUUACGCUAUUCUUUGUGUUUUAUUUCAUAUCGUAGUACUCGUUAAUUUCGACUAUUUUCAGUCAAAAAAGCGUGGGUUGAGUUUGGAAGAGAAGAGAACACGAAUGUUGGAGCUUUUCUUUGAAAGGGUAAGCUGCAGAGUGCAUUAGUUCAGAGCUAUUAACAGCUACGGUAAUGUUUAUCUGGUUUCGUUACAGAAUAUUUCAAUCUGGUUGAUCGAUUACAACUGUAGACUCUUUAGGCAACAAAUGGGCUCCUGAUAUCUACCAAAAUAAUUUGUUUCCAAAAUUAUUAACAAUUUAAAACUUCAAGUUUCCGAGACUUUCCUUUUUUUUCACAUCAACAGAAGGAAUUUUUUCUACUCAAGGAGUUGGAGAAAAUCGCUCCAAAAGAGAAAGGCAUUAGUAAGUCAAAAUGCGGUGCAUCUAAAUGUCUUAUGUUGUCUUUGACAUCUGUAGAUUUGAUGUUAACUUUUUGUUGUUGUUGUUAAGCUUCCAUGUCUGUCAAGGAAGUUGUACAAAGCUUGGUGGAUGACAAUCUAGUGGAUACUGAUAAAAUUGGUACCUCUGUUUAUUUCUGGGCCUAUCCAAGCAAAGCAAUACAUACAGUAAGUUGACAAUAGAUUUGGCAUCAGAAAUAUUGUGAAGAGUAUAAUAUCAGAGGCCCCCAAGAGACUGAUUAAAAUAGUUCCAAAUAAACAGAAGGGUUAUGGUAGACAGGGGUACAUUCCUCUCUAUCAUCAUCAUCAUCAUCAUCAUCAUCAUCAUCAUCAUCAUCAAUUCUUGUCUUUUACCUUUUUUCUCCCUGGUACUAACAAAAUUUUUUAGGAAAUACCUCCCACUCUAUCCUUGUCACUGGCUUGCCGACAUUCAAGCUCCUGUUGUGAUGUUUUUCCCCUUUCCCCCUCUUACUCCAAGAUUUACAUCCACGCACCCCCAUUGCACAGUUUAGUUCCAAACUACACUCCUUUUUUAAACCCAGAGACAACAAAAACUGACACAACUUACAGAGCAAGUCAAUGAGUGUGAAAAGAAAAUUGCCUCUACAACAAAACUACUAAAGCAAGCAGGCAGUGGCAGAGAACAGUCUGUGAGUAUCACCAACCUUCUGUUUAGCAAUCUAAUUAGACCUCAAAUUACAAAUCUUUUGUCUAUUGGUCAAUAGGUUGUAGCUUACAUUUUUAUGACUUCAUUUGUUAUCCUGUAAUUGUCUACUAUUUGAUUGUGUUAUGCACUUGAAUAAAACAAUCUCAGAUGUUUGACUUAGUGAAAUUUCAUUUCAUUUAAUUGAAUUUAAAAAAAUUGGAAGACUCAGUAAAUUUUAAAACAUCCUUUCGUGAGGAUAAUUAUUUAUGGAUCAUUUUUGCAAAAUAGGAUGAAAGAAAUUUGAUUCUUGAAGAGCUGACUCAAAAAGAAAAACUUUGUAAAGAACUGGAACAAGAGCUUGAGAGAUAUCGUGAAUGUGACCCAGAAGUGCUAGAAAACUUACAAAAGGAAACACUGAUGUCGAAGGAAGGUGCCAAUCGCUGGACUGACAACGUGUUUACAAUCAAAUCCUGGUGUGAACGCAAGUUUGGGCUGGAAAAGAAAAUGAUCGACAAAAGCUUUGGAAUUCCAGAAGACUUUGAUUAUGUGGAAUAG